AUGAAUCAAGCUUGCGUCAGGAUAUUCCUCAAGCCGAUAUCAAGCAUAACGCAUGAAGAAUUUUCUCAUGGGAAAUUAUAUUCUCUUUUGGCUAGCAAAUUAGCAAAUAUCAGCCCUGAAAAUUUCUUAAAUCAUGAUAAUCCACCUAAAAGAAAACCUUACUCUUGCAUUGGUUUAUUUCAUCAUCUCUUAUCUUAUUAUAAGCAAGACUGAUUGUGAGUUUUGGCAUAA